CGGCAGCAUGCCCAGCAAUCACUGCCUCGGCUAACACCAAGGCAACACCGCGCCGCCCUCCGGCCGGGAGGCGCCCGUCAGCAGCGCCCGCCUCGGCGGCGGAGCCGCGGUUCAUCCCCUCCCCGCGCUCCUCCCCGCGCUCCUCCCCGCCGCGUGUCUCUCCUCUUCGGCGGCAGCUUCGGCCGUGCGUUUCUCUCCCUUCUUUGCUCCCUAUUUCCCUGCCUCGCCUGUCGGGGCUAUGGCCGCUUCCGAUGCCGGUCGGCACCCGCAAAAUGAUGGCUGUCGAACUUUACCCUUGUCUAUGCAUGUUGGRUUUGAUAGUUUACCUGACCAACUGCUUAAGAAAUCCAUCAAGCAGGGCUUCUGCUUCAACAUUCUUUGCAUUGGGGAAACUGGAAUUGGGAAAUCAGCCUUGAUGAGCAGUUUGUUUAACACCAAUUUUGAGGACUCUCCAUCAACACAUUUUCUGCCAAGUGUACGACUUAGAGCCCAGAAUUUUGAAAUCCAGGAAAGUAAUGUUCUUUUGAAGCUGACCUUUGUAAAAACAGUGGGAUUUGGUGACCAGGUGAACAAAGCAGAUAGCUAUCUGCCAAUAGUGGAUUAUAUAGAUGCUCAAUUUGAAGCCUAUCUCGAGGAAGAACUGAAAGUUAUACGUUCUUUAUUUAGCUACCAUGAUACUCGCAUCCAUGUCUGCCUCUAUUUCAUUUCACCUACAGGCCGUUCCCUAAAAAACAUAGAUUUGUUAACUAUGAGAAGCCUAGACAGUAAGGUGAACAUUAUACCAGUUAUAGGCAAAGCAGACAGCAUUUCUAAAACUGAGCUACAAGAGUUCAAGAAGAAAAUAAUGACUGAAUUAGUUAGUAAUGGCAUCCAGAUAUACCAGUUUCCUACUGAUGAUGAAACCGUUUCUGAAAUGAAUACCAUCACAAAUGGUCAUUUGCCAUUUGCCGUGGUAGGAAGCAUGGAAAAGGUGAAAAUUGGAAACAAAAUGGUGAGAGCUCGUCAGUACCCUUGGGGUAUUGUAAAAGUGGAAAAUGAAAGCCACUGUGACACUGUAAAGCUUCGCAGGAUGCUUUGCACAAAUAUGGAAGACUUAAGAGAGAAGACUUGUGCAUAUUACGAGUUGUACAGACGCUGCAGACUGGAAAAGUUGGGUUGCAAAGAUGUUGGCCCUGAGAACGAGCCAGUCAGUCUGCAGGAAGUCUUUGAGGCAAAGAGGCUCGAGUUCUUCCUUGAAAUGGAAAGAAAAGAAGAGGAGAUUAAACAACGAUUUGUGCAGAGAGUGAAUGAGAAAGCAGCAAUGUUGGAAGAGGCAGAGCAGCAGGUACUGACUAAAUUUGAGCAUCUUAUGCUUAUGCAUCAAGAAGAGGAGCUGAAAUUAGAAGAAAAGAAAAAGCUUCUAGAAGAUGAAAUAGUUCAGUUUACUGAGAAGAAAGCUAUCACUGAAUUGAUUCAGUCACAAAUGUCUGUCUCUACCCGUAUUGUUAGUUUGAAGACACAAGAACUCCAAAAAAACCAAGAUUUUCAACUUGAAGUCCAGUGCUUUCAUGUCAGWGAUGAAGGAGCUAUGAAUGUUGGAGAACAGAGCGAGAGAGAGAGUGAGAAGGAGGAGUUAGAAAUUCACCCAGGGAAAUCCAGGCAUAGUAUUUGAUUGCAGCRCUCAGGUUUUGAAUGCAGGAUAUGUUAAUGGUUUUAUGAAGCAGUCUGACUGCUGUUGUCCCAUAUUAGAUGUGUCUUCCUAGUACAGAUUUUUGAGAGAAGAAAUUGAUAAAAUUGGCAGUAAAAAUACAUGAAGUGCAGAAUAUGACCCAAUAAAGAUUUUACUUCCUUCCCACCCACCCUUUCUUUCUUUCACCACUCUCAAAAGACAAACUUGAAUAAAUUGUGAAAAUUCAGAAAUACAUUCCAAAGUAGUCUCCAGAAUAGCUUGCCCAACUGAUUUAUAUAAAAACCAUUGAAUUAAAUACUCAUUAAAUUAAAUUKACUUAAAUGUUUCUCUCCUCCAAAYCCAGAAGUCAAUUAACUUUCUCRUUUUCUUUCCUGGUAGGUUACAAAUUUGCUGCAGAUAACAUUUCAUUAAUUAAUAACUUCCUGCAGUUGAAAACAAAUUUUUUUGGUUCUGAAUUUAUUUAUAAUUGCUAGAUUAUUAAGAACUUUAGAAGUUAGAUGAUAUCCACAGAACUUUGGAAGUUAGAUGAUAUCUACAGAUAUCAUCAAGCUUUGACAUUUUUGGGGUAUGUGCUAGAAGCCUAAUUUUGCCAAAAUUUAUUGCAAUUCAACUACUGUUACUAAAUUCCUUUUCCUAGAUUUCUUUUUUUAUGGAUUUACAUAUGAAAGUGGAAUUCUUGGUAACAGAAGUCAUUAUUUGCACUAUAUGAGUAACUCUCAACUUCAGAAUAUUUUUAGAUUUGUUUCCUCUGGUUUAGUUUUAUUUCUUCAAAGUAUGUUAACUUUAUAUGCUUGUUGUGGUUUUUCAGUUCCAGCUUUAUGUAAUACUGAUGACAGAAGACACAAUACUGAUAAUUUCUCUUGAGGRAGCAAUGAUUCAUAGUGUGCUUUUGAAGGUAUAGGAGUUUUAGUUUCUAACUAAAGUGGCAAAUAUCCCUUGAUGCUGCAUUCUGCAAAAGAAUAACUUUUAAGUAUGGUCUGUGCACAUGCGGUUGGUGAUUACUGUCAUUGUCUUCACAGGCUUUAUGUUACAGCUCUGCCUUGAUUCCUGUUUGCCUUUACAUAAAUUUGGUCAGCUGGCUUUAAUUUUAAAUGCAUUGUGCCAAAGAAGGUGUCCSUGCCAUAAACAGUUCCAUUCAGACUGUGAAUGGUGUAAUACAAAAGYAUUCAGUGAAUAUAUCCACUACAGGCUUCCUGAAGAGUACUUUUCAAAUGGUAUUGUUAGUCCAUUAAGUGGCAUUUAAUACAACUAUUGGCAUAGUUGGACCAUUUACUGAUUUUGCUGACAGAUUUUUGUUUACAGACUUUUAUGUACAAGCAGUGUUCUAAAUUUAAGAUACAGUUUUGUAAUCAAAAUUUAACRAGAUAUUUUUGCAGUCCUGUACUGUUGCAGGAUAGUUUAUCUGAUAUGACUAACUUAGUAUAUAAAGUACCUAUAUGUGAUGUUUGUGAGUA